AUGAAGUUCUCAAUUGCCACUCUGGGACUGGCAGCGUCCGCCGCUCUGGCCGCCAACCCUCUCUUCAAGGAUAUCCAAAAUGUGCUUGGAGGCGACUUCUCCAAGAAGCUCGGAAACGUGGCCGACAAGCUGGCCGAUGGCGCUCGAAAGACCACCACCGACUCCGCCAACUGGCUCUACACCGCCACCAACAAGGCCCAGUUCCCCAACUACGCUCUGCGGGCCAAGGACCCCUCUUCUCUGGGUCUGGACAAGGUCAAGCAGUACUCCGGCUACCUCGACGUUGAAGACGAGGACAAGCACUUCUUCUACUGGUUCUUCGAGUCCCGAAACGACCCCAAGAACGACCCCAUUGUUCUGUGGCUCAACGGCGGCCCCGGCUGCUCUUCUCUGACCGGCCUGUUCUUCGAGCUGGGCCCUGCCUCUAUCGGCGAGGACCUCAAGCCCAUCCACAACCCCCACUCGUGGAACUCCAACGCCUCCGUCAUUUUCCUGGACCAGCCUGUCAACGUCGGCUACUCCUACUCUUCCGGCUCUGUCUCCGACACUGUCUCUGCCGGCCGAGACGUCUACGCUUUCCUGUCGCUUUUCUUCCAGCAGUUCCCCGAGUACAACAAGGGCCAGGAGUUCCACAUUGCCGGCGAGUCGUACGCCGGUCACUACAUUCCCGUGUUCGCCUCUGAGAUCCAGUCCCAUGAUGACCGAGGAUUCAACCUCACCUCUAUUCUCAUCGGUAACGGCCUCACUGACCCUCUCCGACAGUACGACGAGUACGAGCCCAUGGCCUGCGGUAAGGGUGGUGCUCCUCCCGUUCUCGAUGAGCCUACUUGCGAGAACAUGCGUGACUCUCAGGCCCGAUGCAACGGCCUGAUCAACGCCUGCUACAACACCGAGUCUGUGUGGACCUGUCUCCCUGCCGCCACCUACUGUAACAACGCCAUGCUUGGUCCCUACCAGGCCACCGGUCUCAAUGUCUACGACAUCCGAAAGGAGUGCGACUCCGGUACUUCUCUCUGUUACAAGGACCUCGAGUACAUUGACAAGUACCUCAACCAGCCCGAGGUGAUGGAGGCUGUCGGAGCCCAGGUUUCCGAGUACGAGGGCUGCAACUUUGACAUCAACCGAAACUUCCAGUUUGCCGGUGAUUGGAUGAAGCCCUACUACACCGCCGUCCCCGCUCUACUCGAGGAGGGCAUCCCCACCCUCAUCUACGCCGGAGACAAGGACUUCAUCUGCAACUGGCUCGGAAACAAGCGAUGGACCGACGAGCUCGAGUGGUUCGGCAAGGAGAAGUACGAGCCCAAGGAGCUGUCCGACUGGGUCGUCGACGGCAAGAAGGCCGGCCAGGUCAAGAACUACAAGCACUUUACCUUCCUGCGGGUCUACGAGGCCGGCCAUAUGGUUCCUUACGACCAGCCCAAGAACUCUCUGGAGAUGCUCAACUCUUGGUUGGCUAAGGAUUACUCUUACGGAUCCAAGUAA